CUGGAUAGAUAAAAUUAUGAGAUAAAGGACAGUGAGAGAUCAUAGACCAUUAUAUUCAUGAGAUGUGAUAUCAUAAGUCUAAUCUAUUUCAAGUGGAUUGGCUUGGGAUAGUGUACUAUCAACUAUAACAUCUCCCAUUAAUCCCUAAGAAACACUUCUAAGACAACACCAUGUGCCCUUUCUCUCAUAACGGUCCCAUGACUCUUAUCUCAUAGCCCUCCACCCUUAAUCAUUCAAGUAUCCAACGAUAUCCCACAAAACUUUUCAUCUAUAUAUAUUCAUAGCUGCAAGUGCUUAGUGCAACAAAAAUCAUUCACAUCAAUCCUAAGGCAUAUUAGCUUCAAAAACGAGAAUCUCAUUUACAACUCUCUUUUCUCAACUUUCUCUUCCCAAGUAUCAACACAUAAAACAUGGGUUUUCGUUUGCCUAGUGUCAAGAAGGCAUCCCUUCAUACAAUCAAAGCAUCAUCGAAAGCUGUGGACGUGCCGAAGGGCUACCUUGCAGUCUAUGUUGGAGAGAAAAUGAAGCGAUUCAUGAUUCCUGUAUCAUUCUUGAACCAACCUUCAUUUCAAGAUUUGUUGAGUCAAGCCGAGGAAGAAUUUGGGUAUGACCAUCCAUUGGGUGGUCUCACAAUUCCUUGUGGAGAAGAUGUGUUCUUAGAUAUCACUUCUCGCUUCAAUAGCUGCUAACUGCAUGAAGGUGGAACUAACUUAGAUGUAGACAUAUACUAGACACAUUUUUGUAUCAGAGUUUCUUACCUUGGCAUCUUCCCUUUGUAAAAGAAAUUUCAUCUGAAUGAUAAGCUAUCUCCACGAAGUUUUUGCU